GGUGGGGAAGAGGAAUUCAACAGCCCCCCUAGUGGAAUUAUUUUUAGAAAAAAAAAAGUCCAUUCUAAAAAUACCGAGUAAAAGGGAUGAGGUAGGGGGAGCUUCUCUGAGUAGUUAUGACAGGCCUGAAUCCAAUACUCAUAAGGUGGACGGAGACUAGAAGAAGCAGGUCAAUAAGAAAAGUUAGUGCAUUCAUCUACUGUAGCGUAUCGGCCCUCCUCAAAAUCCCCAAAUGUAAGCCAGAUCAUCGAUGCUGCUGGUAAGUAAUAAAAUUGUGUUUCGUUUGCUGCAAAUUUGUCUCUUUCUCGUAAGAAAGAAGGGAAUUCGGUUUAUUAAGAAAACCUUUACCAACAUGUUUUUUUUCAUUUUCUAGGUUGAAAUGUGACCUUCGCUCCAAUGGGAGACUGGAACUUACUGGGUAAACUUCUUGAAAGUGCACAAGAACAUUCUACGGUAGUGGGAAAGGUCUGGCUAACGGUCCUUUUCAUUUUUCGGAUUCUCGUUUUAGGAACGGCCGCAGAGAAAGUUUGGGGAGAUGAGCUAUCUGGCUUCACUUGCGACACCAAACAGCCUGGUUGUCAGAACGUUUGUUACGACCAUACCUUUCCUAUUUCACACAUCCGGUUUUGGGUGCUACAGAUCAUCUUUGUGUCUACGCCAACCCUGAUCUAUCUGGGACAUAUUCUACACCUUGUGCGCCUAGAAGAAAAGCAUAAACAAAGACUGAAAUUGAGGCAAAGUAAAGGAGAAGUGCAGGGUGACAAACAGCUGCUCCUCACGCCAACCAAGCAACCAAUCAAAGAUGACAUGGGUAAAGUACGCCUGCGUGGAGCUCUACUCCGAACGUAUGUGUUCAAUGUUCUCUUCAAGACACUGUUUGAGGUAGGAUUCAUUGUAGCACAAUACUUCCUGUAUGGAUUCCAGCUGCAGCCCCUUUACACCUGCAGCCGCUGGCCCUGUCCUAAUACAGUUAACUGUUACAUCUCCCGACCCACAGAAAAGACAAUAUUUAUUAUCUUCAUGCUGGCUGUUGCUGGUUUGUCUCUGCUGCUCAAUCUGAUUGAAAUUUAUUACUUGGGAUUCACAAAGUGCAGACAAGGCUUAUCCUCCUCUGGAUGCGAGACUGUGCCUAAAUCACAAACCAAAACUGGAAACAACACCCUUACCCAUAUUAUUCCACAUUUCCCCCACUACUCUCCACCUGAGCGGAAUUCAGUUUUCAGCCCAGCUCUUCCAUUCCCAAUUUCUUCCAAUAAGAACACUCCCAAUGCACUGGACAGCAGCCACGCAGCCCGGAAACAGAACCGAGAGAACCAGGCUGUAGAACGCAAUGGGAUUCCAGAACUUAAUGUAGCAUCAGAGAGCAGUAGCGAAAUGGACCGAAGUGAAAAACAGAGGAUGCCCAGCAGAAACAGCAGACAGAGUAGCAACAGAUCCCGGCCUGGGGAUUUAUCAGUAUGAUAGAAACCUGCAGACAGGUGAACUAGCAGUGCAUGUAAUGUAGCACAAACUCCUGCUUAAUUGUUUGGGAACCGGGAACAGACUCCAAACUCGAUGUCUUAUUGCAUUCAGAGUGUUCAUAACAUUCUUAUUGAUAUUAAGAUGCUCAUAACAUUCUAUUUAAUGAACCAGUUUUAUUGUAAAGGAGCUUGAUUUGUGUUUACCUCACUUGUACCUAUAAGGUGACCAGUUAAGAAAUCUAUAUAACACACAUUAAGCAUCAUUACUUGAGUUAGCUAGUUACUAUGAAAAUGGCAUUUUAGCUAAUUCUUUUUUUUUUCCUCCCCAAGCGGUUUCUUAAUUUCAGUGCUAGACUGGACACUUCAGAGAAGCAGUAUCCUCUCCCCCUAUAUUGAAAGUCGCCAAUUAAACUUGUGCAAAAUUUAGUUUGGGCCAGUUCGACCGAAUCAAAAUUCUUUUAAUCCACACCCAAACGAAUUGAUCUACCUGGGAAGUAGUUUAUUUUCUUUAUGAACUGAUUCAUUCGGCUGUGGAUUUAAAGGGAAUUUGAGUCAGAUGAACUAAUUGAAACUAAUUUUCGCACAAAUUUACUGCCAAUGAUAACUGGGGAAGAGUAUGGUUGACCGCGAGUCAAGUGUAGAUGGGGGAGAGGAAAGGGGAAAAAAAAAGGGGGCAAUGAUAAAAGUACAUUUAAAAAACAUUUUUUUUUGUAUUUGUGUAGACGAAGAUCCGAAAUGGUGUGUUUAUAAAAUGGACAGUAGUUAUUAACUACUGGUCAGGCAGCCCUUGGUAAAACAUCACCACAACAUAAAACUCUGUAUGAUUUAUUAAUUUAACAUAGAGGAAAUGUAUGCUUUGUGGGGAAAAAGAAACAAAGAAUAUGAACAGUAAGAUUUUAUUUAUGUACGUUUUCAUAACAGACUUGUAUUGAAAAGACUGCAAGAUUGUCCUGCAACACAUUUUUUAAAAUUUAUUUUUGCAAUGUGUUGCAGGCCUUUGUCAUUUGGGCUGUAACCUUCCAAUCACAUCUAAAAAUAAAUCUCAUCCUUUGCUAAAACCAAAGAAGUUCACAGUUUGAUUUUCUGUAGUUUUUAAACUGCAGAAUUAAUUCACAACGCUGACCACGAGUGCUGAGUUUUAUCAAACAUAGCCACAUUUUUCUAUAUUCCAAAAAUAUAGGAGUUUAUUCAAUAAUCCCUUUAACUGCGAAGAAUUGCUUAAACGAUUGCAAAUUUUAGACCAAAUAUUUUGGCCCAAACUUUGCAGUUAUCCUGUCAAUUCUCCACAGUUUCUGAGUUAACGAAUAAAAUCCAUAAUCUCAAAUUAGCACAAUGCUACAAAAGCAAGGAGUUUGCAAUCACUCCAUCUCUCUACCACUGCAAAUCCAUUAUAGAAUCAUAUUUGGUACGUUGAGGGGUGAACACCAUAUUACUAGAAAAAAGAAAACCUUUUAAAUUUGUGUUUGUAUGUCUGGUGCAAAAGGAACGGCAGGAAUUAAAUGGGCCCCUCCAAGCAUCAUAACCAUUUCUCGUUACUGGAGUGGUUAUGGUGCUAGAAAAUGUGUCCCUGUAAACAAUUUUUCAAAUCAAUGCCAUUUUAUUUCAUAUACUUGGGUGUCCAGAUAUGAUAUUACUCUCAUUCCAUAUGACAUUUGUGGAAGCAUUUACUGCUCCAUGCCACGGGCUACUUGGACAGGGUGAGCAAGCAAUGUAUGCUCAUAUAGUAAUACAGUCUUUUAAAUGUGCAGGAGCUGUACUAUGAGUGCACACAGCACUAUACUCAGCACAGAAAACAUUAUAAUGGCCAUGAUGCUUAAGAAGUACAUUAGUGUGACUGUACAAUAAGUUCUAAAACCUUAAUAUAUGGUGGUGGUGGUGGGGAGAGAGGGAGAAAUAAAAGAAAACUAAUUAAAUUUAUUUUUGCAGCAUAGAGUGUUUUGGGCUCCCUGUGUUUUUUUUUGUUUUCUCAAUUCGAGCCUACUCUAAAUUUAUUUGGCAUGGCACAAACAUAUCUGUGUAAUGACAAGACAUUUGGAAAUGACACGGGCCACAAGCAGCCGUGUAGGGGAUGCAAUUUUCUUUCUUGAUUUUCACUUUUAGCUUCAGCGUAUGUUGGUGUAAAACCAAGGAAAUGCUGCGGUUCCUGAACAAUCUAAAUAUAUGACGACAAUAAAAAAGGUGUGUGGUAUGUCCCUCGAAACUCAAAGUCUACAGCCAUUUUGCAUCUAUUUAAACAAUUUAACAAGAAACAGAUAUUGUAACCCACUGGCACAAAAACUGGAUAAUGAAGAGCGAUCUGAAAUGUGAACAGCAUGAAUAGACUAUUUCAUUAAAAUUCAAAGGUGCUUAAGCAUUUUGGACACAAAUGUAGCGAAUAUGAAUGGAAAACAAUAUACUGCUGCAACCCUCUUUUUGUGUCUGUAUAUGUGUAGGAGUAUAUAUGCUUACACACAUUAACUUGCACCAGGUAGGAGGAGUUGGGUGUGGAUAGGAGAGGCUGUGUGUAAAAGGCAGUGUGUGCGUGAUUAAGUGCUAAAGUAAUUAAAAUCUAACACCUGCAUUCUCCUUAUUAACAAAUAGGAAAUGUGUGGUAAGAAAAGAUAACCUCUCGUAUCUCACUGAAUCCAGACGAUAAUCAGAUAACGAUAUGAAAUACCAAGAACUGCGUGUCCCAUCGUAAUACGUUUAAUCCGGAUUCUCUUCAAUCAACCUACUGCGGCCACUUCGUGUCGGUUUGUUUAUUCAGGUCUGUUGAGAUGGUAGUGUUGAUACACUGCUGCUCCUGCAGAUUAUUCUGGGAGAAGUAUGUGUUGUGGCAGCAGUUGUUCUGCAUUCAAGGGUCUAAAGUCUAAAAGGGGGAGGAAAACAGGGACAGCUUUUUCAGCAUGUCCAUGAUAUUAAGAGGCACAAUAAUGCAGCCAAACGGUAAUGGUGGGCUCAGGCCUGUCCUAAAAUACACUUACAGGGCAUAAAGUGUCUGAAAUAUAGAGUACUUACAACACAGAAUAGUAGCCAAAGGCAGCUGUAUGUAAAGGCAGUUCUACUAUGGAAAUAAAAAAUAAAAAAAAACAAAAAAACCCCCCCAGUUAUUACAAUAUUAACACUCUGUAUUUGUUAAGGGUCUUCCAGCCAUUCAUAUGAAGGAAUUAAAACCAUUUUAUUUGCAAUGAAAUUUUCCCAACACACAGGGCUCUGCCAGGACCUGGCACAUGACAAGUGUGAAUAUGAGGCGGGCGCAAAGGGCACGCGCAUAAAAACAAUAUUUACAUGUUUGAGCAGCUGAACCCAUUCAGAGGUUACAUCCCCACCCCCACCCCACCACCCAAAAAAAA